UCACUGUUUAAUGUGCGUAUAUUAUAUAUUUUGACGAAGUGUGUUGUGCAUAUCAACAGGUCAAAUGCUCGCGAGUUAUUUAAAUGAGGUGCAAAUCGAUUUAAGACCAAAGAAAUUGAUGUAACAAUGGGGCUUUGCGCUUAUCCAAGAUCCAGAAUGUGAAAGAGAACUGUCCGUUACGAUUUAACGAGCUGUUAUUGUUUCAACAAUAAUUUGCACUGUCAAUCGUUUGAUUACACGUGUACAAGUAUUAGGGUACAUUUUUCUUUUAUUUAUCAAGCAAAAUGUUUGCAAGAUUCGUAAGAUUAGCUGGUAGGAUCAAGCUGCAGCAGAGCAGGUCAUUAGGUUAUGCUGCUGCGGAGUUGGGAAGACAAUGUGGCAACGGAUCGAGGCGCAAGACCUUUACUCCAGGGACUCCAUUUUAUAUUUCUGCCUUAUGGGGCAUUACCAAGAAGACCGGAGACGACAAGUCUUUGACGAAAAAAGAGCUGCUCAUAGCCAAGGCUGAUGCUCUGUUUGAUCAGGAGGAAUACAGGGAAAUUUACAAGUUACUCAAUAGCUAUAAGGAAAACAAGGAUGUUGAAAUUUUGUGGCGACUUAGUCGUGCUCUGUACAAAAUGUCCAAACUAGAAUCUAAAGAGGUUGAAGCAAAGCAAUUAGUUUACGAGGCUUACGACGUGAUCUGCGAAGCUCUGAGUCUGCAAGAAGAUCAUUGGGCUGUCCACAAGUGGAUUGCAAUUUUGUUAAAUUCCAAAACAUCGUUCGAGGGAACUAAAAUAAAGAUCAAGGAAUUGUACAAUAUCAAGAAGCACAUGCUGAGAGCGGCUGAGCUCAAUCCUAAAGAUGCUACUACUCUCUAUAUGAUUGGCAAUUGGUGCUACCAAGUGGCAGAUCUGGCGUGGUAUCAGCGCAAGAUAGCAUCAGCUAUUUUUGGGGAACCCCCAACUUCUUCGUACGAGGAAGCUUUGAAUUACUUUGAACUAGCUGAGAAAGUUGAUCCCAAUUUUUAUAAUCACAAUCUUUUGAUGCUUGGAAAGACAUAUUUGAAACUAAACAGGAAAGAGGAAGCUAUCUAUUACUUGAAAAAAGCUUCAGAGUACUUGGCUAAGACUGAAGAUGAUCUUGAAGCUAAACAAGAAGCAAUGAAAAUUUUAGACAAUUUAUGAUAAAUCAAGUAUUAUACGUUUAGACUGAUAAAACACUACCGUAUUACCUUCUAAUGUCGUGAUUCUUCUCAAUCUGGGUUGGUUUGGUGUCUUUUUAUAUCAAGCAAUCUCCAACAUUAAAAAGGAAACAGCUAUAUUAAAUGCAUAGUACACUAUCAUUGGUAAUGUUGGAAUCAUAAAAUUUUAAGGUCCGGCACUGGGCUUUGAUGGAAAACAAUUUUACAAUCUGUCCAAGCUGCAGUGUAGCAUGUGUAAUUCCAUAUUAUAUAUUUUUUAUAAAUCAACUUUUCAUGGAAGUACAAUAAUAAAGUAUAUUUGAUUUUACUCUGA